CGAUCCAUUUGCAUCCAUUUUUACUUCAACACGUCCAACCGUCCAAAAGCUUCUUAGCCAACCAUUAUUCUCGAAAGACCCACAGACGUUAUAGACACCUGACAAUGUCCUCAUCUAGCACGAAUCCCGACCCUGCCAUUCCACCUCAAACAUUGUCUAAUGCCCAAAAGUCGCGAUCAACAACCAAGAGACGAUCCAAGGGUCUACACCGCGAACUUCAAUUCUUGGUUGACGACAAUGGCAAACGAGCCAAGCGCGAUCAACCGAAAUGCCCAAUCUGCGAGCACCGAAUAGACCCUGCACAUUGGGAAAUUCAUUUUAAUUAUGAAUUGGAACGACUUGGUCAACUUGAAUCAGAUAUCUAUAAUAAUCCUCUUAACAAAAACCGAGGAAAAAGAGGGGCAGCAGUUGUGGCACGUCAACAACUUGAAAAGACGAACCAUAAGAAAAGAGCACCUUCAGCAUAUGAGAGUACACUCGAGAAAAUUCAGAAGAACCGUGCCCACCGUAAAGAAGUCCUCCAGAAACUAGACUCCCCGAGACAAUUAGAGGAUUCAGCAGCUGCUUACGAUGAAACACUUGCUUUAACGCGUGCAUUGUAUGAAGAAGAGCAAGGAUCAAGACAAGAUUCAAACUCAAAUAGUAGCGCUCAAGUAUGCUUUAUUUGCAAUCAGGCGCUGCAUGGGGAUUCUGAUGCUGUUAAUCUCCAUAUCGAUCACUGCUUAGCCAACUUGAACUCUUCGGUAGAACCCGAGGAUACAGAAGACGAGCCAAUGAUAGAUAAUACUGAAAAUGAGUCAAGGGAGAAUUCUGGUGCUGGCACCUCUCCUUUGUCAGCUAGGUGGGAAGAAUACGAGUGGGCUGGUCAGACUCGUGUGAGAGCUACAUCCAUGAUGGAAGGAGGCUAUAGAGGUGCUGGAUUCGCUACUACAAGCAAGGAAGAGGAUGUAGAUGAGGAUCUCGAUGUAGAAGAUGAUGAUGCAGCUCAGUUUGGAGAAAGUCAAUAUACGGAACGAGAUAUUGUUGUAAAUUCUGAUGAUGAUAAUGAGAAUGCAUCCGCUUUAAGAGAGAUGGUAUCUGGUGGAAUGACAAGAGGUUCCACGGCAACUGCGUCUGUGCAAGAUGGGGAUGAAGGAGAGGUCGAUUCUCCUCGAAGCGGAUUUGAAGAAACGGUAUCAGAUGCUGGGUGGGAGCGCCAUUUGACACAUUCCAAUCAAAUGAACUCCAACUCAGGCCAGUCGCGACUAGUAGUAGAUUCUCUUAAAGCAAGAAUCCAACAAUUGGAAGCUGCCUCACGUUCGGUGCCACGCUGUUUGAUUUGUCUUGAGGGAUACAAGACUCCUCUUGCUUCAAUCGUUUGUUGGCACGUUCACUGUGAGCAGUGCUGGCUACAAACGUUGGGCUCUAAAAAAUUAUGUCCCCAAUGCCAGAAAAUUACGACACCAUCGGAUCUUCGACGCAUCUAUUUCUAAUGCCACAAAAUCCACGAAAUCCACACACACACACACACACACAACUUCUCUACCUUGUAUUGUAUUCUUUCAUUUCAUGGGCUUAUGGAUAGAUUUCCUUGUAUAUUACCAUGCUUCCAUAUUUCAUUUUUGUAAUAUAGCUAUUCGUGCUGUUUUCACUUUAUUAUUUUAUUAACCAGGUUUCUUGUAUGCUAUACAAAGGCAUUUUUCAACCUAGCAAUUUAUAUUUUCUGUGUUUUUUUUUUUUCAAAGUAUAUAUUUCUGGUGAGCGUGUCCAAUAUUUCCUUUUAUUCCAUUGUAAUUUUAUACCAGUUAAAUAAAAACUAUCUAUAA